AUGGCUGGGUUUUCCCCAAUCGCGGCCAUGGUUGUCAUGGCCGCUAUGGCUUUGCGUUUUGUUUACAUCCGACUGUUGCCGAAGCCUAUUGCUGGGAUACCUCACAACCAAGACUCGGCCACGCGACUCCUGGGAGACGCCCGAUACUUCGAAGAAAUCAUUGAAGCCGGUGACUUCUGGGUCAAAUUCUUGACUGAUCUACUUGCAAGGCACAGAACCCCGAUCGCACAGUUUUUCCCGGGACCAUUUGCAGCCGCUACCGUGGUUAUCGGCGAUUACCGCGAGGCCCGCGACUUAAUGGCAAAGCGAAGCAAGGAACUGGGCAGGGGUUACAGCAACAAUGCUGUGUGGCAUGGCGUUCUUCCCGAGCAUUUCAUUGCUAUGGACGAUUUCCACCCCUCUUUCAAGGACGCUAGGUUCCUAACCAAGGAUCUGAUGACGCCGAGCUUCUUGCAUGAGAUAAUUGAUGUGAACCAGGUAUCUGCGCUAGCUUCCUACAAAGCAGUUAAGAACUUCAUCAAGCUGUGGAAGGUCAAAGCUACCAUGGCUAAGGGGUUGCCUUUUGAUGCAGUCGAAGAUUUGGAAGGGUUUACGUACGACAUCAUGAUGACAGCCGCUUUUGGGAUACCAGAAGAAGAAGGACACACGACAGAACGGCUACGAGCAGUUCAGUCAACAAAGGAUGCGAAUGCUUGUGGAGAUGGACCCUUGCAAGUCGCUGAGUUUCAACCCAUCAUGAAGCCGGCGCUUCUUACAGCCCUCCAUACGUUAAACGCUCAAAUUGCUGGCGCUUUCGACUCAACAAUUCCAAAGUUGUAUUAUUUUAUUAACAAUCUCCGCCCUUCCGUCCGCCACGCGUUCCGGGCUAAGCGGUCAGCUAUUCAGCACCACAUCAACCGCUCAGUCGAAAAACUAGCGCAUAGCGGCUCAAAACAAGAUUUUGCGUCUGCGGUGGAUUACGUCGUCUACCGUGAGAAGUCAGCCGCUGAAAGUGCUGGGCGACGACCUACCUUUGACUCUUUACGGAUGAGCGAUAUGCUAUGGGGAUAUCUGGUCGGCGGGCAAGAUUCAACUCACAGUACAUUGUGCUUUGCUAUGAAAUACCUGGGAGCGAACCAAGAUGCGCAGGCUAAGCUGCGUGAGUUGCUGCGACUUGCCUACCCUACAGCAAACGAACAACAGCGCGAGCCGACCAUCGAAGAGAUCAUCAAGACACAGGUUCCAUUCCUGGAUGCCUUCAUCGAAGAGACCCUCCGCAUGUGUAGCCCGGCUAGUGCCAUCUUGAAGGAGGCUCUGUGCGACAUGACGGUGCUAGGCCAUGUUAUUCCGAAGGGCACUCAGAUCAUGUUCUUGUUAACAGGUCCUACCCUAACUGAGGCAGGUGUGAGCUGGAAGGGUAUGGAACACGACGAGACAUCGCAGAAGGUGCCUAGCGAAGGCAUCAAUGAUUGGUCUCUCAGCCGAUUCCCGCCUCAAGAGUUUCAUGCAGAACGAUGGCUUCAGACCAACGAUGACGGAGAGACCAACUUCAAUAAGAAUGCUGGGCCGUUUAUAAGUUUCAGUAGCGGGCCUAGAGGAUGCUGGGGCAAGAGACUCGCUUACAUGGAGCUCAAACUGAUUAUUACGUUGCUGAUCUGGAACUUAGAGUUUUCACAGCUUCCUGCUGAGUUGGAGGAUAAUGGCCUCGUCGAGGGAAUUUUCACGAAGCCCAAGUCUUGUUUGGUGAAACUCAAGAGCAUCUCGGAUACUGAUUGA